CCCAACGCACCAGUUGAUCCAAAUACACCAGUCGACCCCAACGCACCAGUUGAUCCUAACGCACCAGUAGAUCCCAAUGCACCCGUUGAUCCCAACGUACCAGUAGAUCCCAAUGAACCAGUCGAUCCCAGUGCACCUGUGAAUCCUGAAGGAACUACAGUAUCUCCUGUCGACCCCAAUGCACCAUUAGAUCCCAACGCACCAGUCGAUCCUAAUGCACCAGUAGAUCCUAAUGCACCAGUAGAUCCCAAUGCACCCGUUGAUCCCAACGCACCAGUUGAUCCCAACGCACCAGUCGACCCCAACGCGCCAGUUGAUCCCAACGCACCAGUAGAUCCCAACGCACCAGUCGAUCCCAGUGUACCUGUGAAUCCUGAAGGAACUACAGUAUCUCCUGUCGACCCCAAUGCACCAUUAGAUCCCAACGCACCAGUCGAUCCUAAUACACCAGUAGACCCCAGCGCACCAGUCGACCCCAACGCACCAGUUGAUCCAAAUGCACCAGUCGACCCCAACGCACCAGUUGAUCCUAACGCACCAGUAGAUCCCAAUGCACCCGUUGAUCCCAACGCACCAGUUGAUCCAAAUGCACCAGUCGACCCCAACGCACCAGUUGAUCCUAAUGCACCAAUAGAUCCAAAUGCACCAGUCGACCCCAACGCACCAGUUGAUCCUAAUGCACCAAUAGAUCCCAAUGCACCAGUUGAUCCCAACGCACCAGUAGAUCCCAACGCACCAGUCGAUCCCAGUGCACCUGUGAAUCCUGAAGGAACUACAGUAUCUCCUGUCGACCCCAAUGCACCAGUAGAUCCCAACGCACCAGUUGAUCCUAAUACACCAGUCGACCCCAACGCACCAGUCGAUCCUAAUGCACCAGUCGACCCCAACGCACCAGUUGAUCCUAAUGGACCAGUAGAUCCCAAUGCACCCGUUGAUCCCAACGCACCAGUUGAUCCUAAUGCACCAGUGGAUCCCAACGCACCAGUUGAUCCUAAUACACCAGUCGACCCUAACGCCCCAGUAGAUCCCAACGCACCAGUCGAUCCCAGUUCACCUGUGAAUCCUGAAGGAACUACAGUAUCUCCUGUCGACCCCAAUGCACCAUUAGAUCCCAACGCACCAGUUGAUCCUAAUACACCAGUCGACCCUAACGCACCAGUCGAUCCUAAUGCACCAGUAGACCCCAACGGACCAGUCGACCCUAACGCUCCAGUAGAUCCCAGCGCACCAGUCGACCCUAACGCACCAGUCGACCCUAACGCACCAGGCGAUCCUAAUGCACCAGUCAACCCCAACGCACCAGUUGAUCCUAAUGGACCAGUUGAUCCUAAUGCACCAGUGGAUCCCAACGCACCAGUUGAUCCUAAUACACCAGUCGACCCUAACGCACCAGUCGAUCCUAAUGCACCAGUCGACCCCAACGCACCAGUUGAUCCUAACGCACCAGUAGAUCCCAAUGCACCCGUUGAUCCCAACGCACCAGUUGAUCCUAAUGCACCAGUGGAUCCCAACGCACCAGUUGAUCCUAAUACACCAGUCGACCCUAACGCCCCAGUAGAUCCCAACGCACCAGUCGAUCCCAGUGCACCUGUGAAUCCUGAAGGAACUACAGUAUCUCCUGUCGACCCCAAUGCACCAUUAGAUCCCAACGCACCAGUUGAUCCUAAUGCACCAGUCGACCCUAACGCACCACUCGAUCCUAAUGCACCAGUCGACCCCAACGCACCAGUUGAUCCUAAUGGACCAGUAGAUCCCAAUGCACCCGUUGAUCCCAACGCACCAGUUGAUCCUAAUGCACCAGUCGAUCCGAACGCACCAAGUGAUCCAAAUGCACCAGUCGACCCCAACGCACCAGUUGAUCCUAAUGCACCCGUAGAUCCCAACGCACCAGUUGAUCCCAACGCACCAGUCGAUCCCAGUUCACCUGUGAAUCCUGAAGGAACUACAGUAUCUCCUGUCGACCCCAAUGCACCAUUAGAUCCCAACGCACCAGUUGAUCCUAAUACACCAGUCGACCCUAACGCUCCAGUAGAUCCCAAUGCACCAGUCGACCCUAACGCACCAGUCGACCCCAACGCACCAGUUGAUCCUAAUGCACCAGUCGACCCCAACGCACCAAUUGAUCCUAAUACACCAAUCCCAACGCACCAGUUGAUCCAAAUGCACCAGUCGAUCCGAACGCACCAGUUGAUCCUAACGCACCAGUCGACCCCAACGCACCAGUUGAUCCUAAUGCACCAGUCGACCCUAACGCACCAGUGGAUCCUAACGCACCAGUAG